CUUGGGCGCGAGUUUCGGGAGAAGUUUUUAGACUUGGGCAAAAGGUCUCGCGCUGACAGCCCGCAAAACUUGGCGGGAAUGCCGCCUCUCCCUCUCCUUUUCUUCUCUCCCCCGACGCCGCAGCCUCUGCUCGGGAAUCGAGCCGCCGCUACGAAUCCCAUCCCUGAGGCGUUCCCCGCGGGCGAUUUUAACUAGUUCGGCCGCUCUUCCGCUCGCUUGAGCGAGGGGAGCCCCGCUGGCCGAGACGGGCGAGCGGGCCAGAUUUCCCCCAUUGGCGGGAGAUGCCGGCUUCCUAAGCACCUCUGAUCCAGGCUUAGGGGGUUCGGUCCAGCAUGGCCGUCAAUGCUCUGACUGGCUUCUCCCUGGUCAGCCUGCUGAGUUUCGGCUACCUAUCCUGGGACUGGAUGAAGCCCGGUCUGGUGGCUGAGGUUUCGGGGGACCCGGCGGGGAAACCUCGCCUCCCUCCUGUUUUCUCCAGGCCUCCCCACAUCAUUUUCAUUCUGACCGACGACCAGGGCUAUCACGACGUGGGCUACCACGGCUCGGACAUCCAGACUCCGACGCUGGACAGGUUGGCUGCCGAAGGGGUUAAGCUGGAAUAUUACAUCCAGCCCAUCUGCACGCCUUCCAGGAGUCAGCUUAUCACGGGAAGGUAACAGAUCCAUACAGGUCUUCAGCACUCAAUCAUCCGUCCCCGACAGCCAAAUUGCUUGCCUUUGAACCAGUCACUCCUCCCACAGAAGCUGCAAGAAGCCGGCUACUACCACAUGGUUGGCAAAUGGCAUUUAGGCUUUUAUCGUAAAGAAUGCUUUGCAACUCGCAGGGGCUUCGAUACCUUCCUGGGCUCACUGACAGGAAAUGUGGAUUAUUAUACAUACGACAACUGUGACGGGCCAGGAAUAUGUGGGUACGACCUUCAUGAUGGGGAAAAUGUAGCCUGGGAAAAAAGUGGCAAGUAUUCCACGUUCUUUACACCCCAGCGAGUCAGAAAAAUUUUGGCAACCCACAACCCCAAGGAGCCUCUCUUCAUCUACAUAGCAUUCCAGGCAGUGGCAUACCCCUUUGCAGUCCCGAAGGAAUACAUCUAUCGCUAUCGUUCCAUGGGCAAUGUUGCCCGCCGCAACUAUGCUGCCAUGGUCACAUGCAUGGAUGAAGCUGUGAAGAAUAUCACCUGGACCUUGAAGAAAUACGGCUACUAUGACAACAGCAUUAUUGUUUUCUCUACAGAUAAUGGAGGGCAGACGUUCUCUGGGGGAAGCAACUGGCCGUUGCGAGGCCGCAAAGGAACAUAUUGGGAGGGAGGAGUGCGUGGCAUUGGAUUUGUCCACAGUCCACUGAAACGCAAGCGAAGGACCAGCAGGGCGCUCAUCCACAUAACUGACUGGUACCCAACCUUAGUGGACUUUGGCGGGGCAAUGUGUCCUGAAGCAGAUGGCUUGGAUGGCUAUAACGUGUGGCCAGCUAUCAGCGAGGGCAAAGAGUCACCGCGGACUGAAAUCCUGCACAACAUUGACCCUUUGUAUAAUCAUGCCAAAUAUGGCUCUUUAGAGAAUGGCUUUGGCAUCUGGAAUACAGCAGUGCAGGCCUCUUUACGGGUUGGAGACUGGAACUUCUUACUGGAGAUCCUUGGCUACAGUGACUGGAUCCCACCACAGACUCUAACCAACUUCCCGGGGAGUUGGUGGAACUUAGAGCGCCUGACAAACGGGAUGCGGCAGUCUGUCUGGCUUUUCAACAUUACAGCCGAUCCAUACGAGCGCCAUGAUCUGUCAGAUCAGCGUCCUGAUGUGGUCAGGGCUCUACUUCUUAGGCUGGUUAAUUACAACCAGACUGCCAUCCCUGUCAGAUACCCUGCGGAAAACCCACGAGCUCACCCUGACUUCAAUGGUGGUGCCUGGGGACCUUGGGCCACAGAAGAGGAUGAAAGAUGGGGUAGAGCAUGGAAAGCCAAAAAACAAAAGAGGAAAAAGAAGUGCAAGAUCUGUAAGCUACGCUCCUUCUUCAAAAAGUACACCAGGAUGAUGUCAAACCGCAUCUGAGAAGGGGCAGGCUGAGUUCUUGGCAAAAGUCAAGUUGGAAGGGAGCUGUUCCAAAAAAUAAUAAUAAUAAUGGAAGUAGGGGGAGAGAGCAGUAGACCAUUCUCCUUCUGUUCAACUUGGAGUGAAGUGAGAUGGACUAUCAGCUCUUCUUCCCCUAUUGUGAGAUAGGGAUAACCAAGUCUGCCUAUCCAUUCCACUUUGUCUUUUCCCCAAUUUCAGCACCAACAUUGCUGAUUCUGAAUAUGGGCAGACUUUGCAACCGCUAUUUGACAUAGUCCCUUCCUUUUAAAUGUUGUGACAUGAGAUGGUACUCAAUGUGCAAUUAGUCAUUCUAGGAGAUUGCAGCAAUGCCAUUCAGGAACUAGUGGGAAGGAUAUACAUUCUCAUUCUUUAACCAAAGAUGAAAUUGUUCUUUACCGAGGGAAAGAAUCGCUUAAGGAUGAAAUUGUUCCGUAUUUGCUAUUGACUAAUGGAAUGCUGAGCAUAAAUAAUCUUAUAUAAUGUUUUUGCUCUCAGAAAGCGAUUGUGGGAUUCUUCUCUCCCUGGAGACUGUAGUUGCCUCCUUCUGAUCACUUUAGUGCCUGUGGGUGUAGAUACAGAAGACCUGGGACAAUUAUUUUUAUCAGAGUUAAAAUGUAGAUCUGGUGUGGUGCAAUUUCCCCCCACCCCUGAAUAUGUAUAAAGCCAAACAUCUUGUAUACGUGGGCAGGGGCAUCAGUAAAGGCUGUUUGAGUGUUGCUUGAGCUAAGAGCAUAGUCUUAUAUAUGCAGAAGGAGUUGAUAAGAGCUGAAUUUUUACAUUGAUUGACAGAUCUGUUUACUUCCACUGAAUGACUGCUCUUAUAUAGUUUUUUUUACUAUGCAGAUUUUCUUUCCUGCAAUUUUGAGUGUACUGCAGAUGAGUUCUUGUUCAUCUAUAGAUCUAUUCAAAUACAGAAGAAUAAUUGCAAGUUGCUUCCAUACGUCAAUUUGUAUGUAAAACAAACUAUGCAAAUACUCAUG